GAUACUGUCCGGCAAAAGACAGAUAUUGAAUACUGCUCGACCUAUUUAUGCCGCACCCUGUUUGUUGAUACUCAUGGUGUUUGGUAAUUUACCGAACUACAUUGACUAAAGAGUUUGGAGAAAAUAUAGGAAACAUGGCCCAUUUACUUACUGGAUUCAACUUAAUGGUAGCUGUUUGUAUCCUUACCAGAAUAAUAUCUGGCAGAGAAACAAAUGUUAGGUUAAGGAAUGGAUUAUCGGAAUUAGAAGGCAGAGUUGAGAUUCUCAUCAAUGGAACUUGGGGUACUAUUUGUGAUAAGAACUUUAAGUUCAAUGAUGCCCUCGUUGUAUGUCGAAGUUUGAACUUCAGUGGAGCACUUGGUACCACAUCGGAGUCUGAGUUUGGACCGAGUUCAGGAAAGAUUCACUCAGAUAUCUUACGAUGUAAUGGGACAGAAACUGACAUCUUAGAAUGCUUGAGAACUAAUUCUGAUCCCAAAACAAUAUGCUCCUCGUCCCAUGAAGCUGGUGUUAGAUGCUCAGACUGUAGAGAUGUCAAUCCUCGGUGCCAAUCAUGGGCCAACCAGGAUGCUUGCGAGUCAUACCCAGGAGAAGUUCCUCCUGUCUGCCAAUUAAGCUGUGACCAGUGUAAUACAACUGUCAUUGAUGAUUCAGCUUCCUACCUGUCUAUGAAUGAAACAUGUGUGGCUGGGCACUGCUAUCUGGAUUCUAACAACGAUUACAAAUGCAUACCAGCUGUGGAAUUAUGUGUGACAGUUGGAUGGUACCAAGGGCUCAUAUGCAUACCUACACCAACAAGUCCCACCCCUUCAUCUGUCCGAUGCAUGCAUUUUGAGGAGCGUGAACAGACCAACCUAGAUGCCCUGACAGUAAAACACAAACUGAAUUUUACAAUAAGUGGUCUUGCCUAUACUACAUCGACAGUAGACGAAGAUAUAGUUUUCACUGUAGAUCAAACUUUUCGCAUCUUCGACCAAUUGACGAAUGAAGGGCUCACGCCGCGGCAAAUAUACGAUCGUCAGAGACAGGUUAAAGUAUUAUUUCUAUUUCACAUAGAUUUACAUCAUAUUGUAGAUAGUCCUUUCACCGGAUUUCCAAGCCUCCAAUCACUAAUCGUGGGGGAAAACGGAAUACAGGAAAUCAGGAAUACAGCUUUUACUGGUUUGGAACAAUUAAAGUAUCUAAAUCUUCGUCACAACAAGAUAGCCGAUAUUGAAAACGGCACGUUUUUGCAUAUGAAAGCUCUUUUGUUUCUGGAAUUCGAAAACAACUCCUUAGUAAUUCUACAAGCUGGUGUCUUUUCAGGUUUGGAAAACCUUCGAGAACUGUAAGAGAAAAAAUAUAUAUUGAUAGUUUUAAAUGAAUAGUUAAGAUUUUUACCAGUUUAAUGAUACCAUCAUAGCAACGUAAAUCAGCUAAUUGAACUUAUUAAAUCUCUGUUUGAAUUACCUCAAUGGUAAAAAAAUAUCUCUCUCUAACUUGUGAACUGCCUUACCAAACA